AUGGAAUACACCUCAAGUAUAAUAGAGGAAGCAAGGCCCAAAAUCGCUGUUAUUGUCGUUCCUUUCCUUAUGGAACUACUAAUGACAGAAGAUGUUUCUUGGAAAAUUCCAACAGUUUUCACGGGAGGUCAGCCUGUCCCGGCCUCUUGCUUAUCAGCCAUCGGGAAAAGAUGCGACGCCCUUUUAGUUCUGUACGGCUCAACAGAAACUAGUUUUACAGCUGGAAGGCUGUAUACCUCGCCUAAUGACAAAUGCAUUGGUCUAUCGCCGUUACCUGGGGUGGAAAUGAAAAUUGUAGGGAAGAACGUAAUGACGGUUCCCCUUGGAACAAAAGGAGAAGUGCUUACGCGCAGCUGUUUACCAUUCCCAGGUUACAUCAAUGAAGUCGAAAAAACCGCGGUUGUUAUUACUCCUGUUGGAUGGUAUAAAACAGAUGAUUUCGGACAAAUUAAUUCUUCUUGUUACCUUGAAGUAUUUGGCAGAGUGUCUGACGUUAUGGAAAUCCCUGGAGCUAAGGUUCUGCCAUCCUUUCUCGAAGAAAUUAUUAAAAGGAAUCUCGGUGUUAAGGAAGUGGUGGUCUUCUCCAUAAAAGACGAAGUACACGCUGACGACAUUCCUUGUGCAGCUGUUGUUAAGAAGGACGGGAUGACCUUGACUGAAGAAUCCCUCAAAGAUUUUAUCAAACAAGAGCUCAAUGUUUCUUAG